UGUGCCUGCGCUGUGGAAGGGUGCGUGUCCCCAGUGUCCGCUCCGGUCGCCCGGUUAGGAAUGCGCCUCACGAACCCGGUGUGUGCUGUAAUAAUCGAUGAAACGCCAGCGGAGACUGUGGUCUGAGAAGAGUCAUGGUUUGGCAUCGCUUAUACCAUUAGUAUCUUAGCGUGUGAGUUUGAUUCAUUGAGCUAGCUGGCGUUAGCCCGCUCCGUUGAUUCAUAGCACGCUAGGUCGUUAGCCUCAGUCUGUAGCACACCUGCUAGCCGGCUAGCUAGCUAUUAAGCUAGUUUCAGUGUGCCGCUCGCCAAUCCAGUCAAACAGGAGAGAACCAGACUGACUGCUGAAACCAGCCGCUUUUUCGCAAAGAGGAGGUGGUGGCAGGUGGGGGCCGGGAGAACGCGACGGGGUGGAAGUGAGUCAGGAGCGGCUGAUGAGUUCAGACCAGAGCGGAGAGCCGCCGCUGCUGCAGGAGGAGGCUGAUCCCGGACCGAAGACCGGUGGGAAGGACGAGGCUCUACUGGGGAGCGAGGGAGGGUCAGGCGGCAUGGUCACCUCUAAGGGCGCCGGCUUGAACCCAAAUGCCAAGGUGUGGCAGGAGAUGCCUGUGGCCUCCAGCGAGGCUGUCACCACCAGCGCCCAUUGGCCCCCCUCAGACAUCAGUGAGGGUUAUUCUGAGCCUUUGUCUGCUGGGUGCAAGCAGUACACUGUGGGAUUCACAGCCCUGGAUGACAGCAGCUCCACAGCAACAGCUGAGAUAGCAGUAAAUGGAAUGGACCCUCCAGAGUUGGGAUUUUCCCCUGCUGAGUCCACAACAGGGACCUCAGUGGAUUCUAAGACGGAAGAACAGCAAAUCUCCUCAGAGAAUCUACGAGAGUCUCUGAAGAAAGAGCUGGAGUUUUAUUUCUCAAGAGAAAACCUCUCGAAGGAUUUGUACUUGAUGUCCCAGAUGGACAGCGACCAGUUUGUCCCAAUUUGGACUAUAGCCAGCAUGGAGGGCAUCAAGGUCCUCACCACCGACAUGGAGCUCAUCCUGGAUGUGUUGAGAUCCUCGCCUAUGGUACAAGUGGACGAGAAAGGGGAGAAAGUGCGUCCAAAUCACAAGCGGUGCAUUAUCAUCCUGAGGGAGGUCCCUGAAACCACACCUGUUGAGGAAGUGGAGUCACUGUUCAAAAAUGACAACUGUCCAAAGGUGAUCAGUGUCGAGUUUGCACACAACAACAACUGGUACAUCACAUUCCAAUCUGACACAGACGCUCAGCAGGCAUACAAGUACUUGAGAGAGGAAGUAAAAACAUUUCAGGGAAAACCCAUCAUGGCCAGGAUAAAGGCAAUCAACACAUUCUUUGCGAAGAAUGGCUACCGUAGCAUGGACAGCAGCCUGUACGCUCAGCAGUCCCAGAGCCAGUCGCAGUACAGCUCUCCGCUCUACAUGCAGCACGUCUACCCCCAGCAGCAGUACCCUGUCUACGGCAUCGUACCUCCCACCUGGACGCCUUCGCCCACACCGUAUUUUGAAACUCCUCUGGCGCCGUUUCCCAACAGUAGUUUCGUGAAUGGCUUUGGCUCUGCAGGACACUACAAAACUGGUUCCAGUUCUCUUAAUAUCACUCGCCCUUUCAACAGAAACCGAAACCACGUGAAGCCCCAGGUGAGGGCCGGUGAGGUGACCUCGGCGUCUAUAACUCCUGUCCCCUUGGAGAGUCUGACUGGACUGCGCAGCCCGCAGCCCCCUGCUCCUGCUGCCACCACUAACCCAGUCCAGACGGCCUCCGAUCUGAGCUCAGCGUUCUCACACCUCUCCUCCUCUUCCUCGUCUUUGGACCCCAGUGACGACAGCGGCAUGCCUGGACGUGGAAGACGGGGCACAACCUACAGAGGGACAAGGAGGAGGCGGGAAGACGAACGGACUGCGAGGCCGGUACCACUAGCAGAGGUGAAGGUUUCUCAACCCAAGUUUGACCUGGCUGCUACCAAUUUCCCACCUCUUCCUGGCUGCGUUGUCAGCACACAGGGAGAGCCAGUGCUAGAAAACCGAAUGUCAGAUGUUGUACGUGGCUUGUACAGGGACAAGACUGAACAAGCCAAUAAAGAAGCCACUGUGAGUCCAGGUUCAGGACAAGCCCCGGCUUCAGAGGAGGCUGUGGCUGUCUCGAGUCCUGCCCUGGCAGCAGCGAAGUCUACUAUACAACCACUUGGAUCCUCAGCCCCUGGCAUCACUCGUCAGGAGAAGAGGGUUGAACGGGCAGAGCCUCCAGCUCCAAAAGUGACUCCUCGCACACCGGUUCAACCUACUGCAAACACCGUCUCCUCCACGCAGCCCGUGCCUAGCACCAGGCCUCAGCCCACUGCUGCCUCCACGCCAGCGACACCCAGCACGCCAGCCCCUGCGACAGCCACUAUUCCCACCCCGACACAGGAGCCCCGUAAGCUCAGCUACGCUGAGGUUUGCCAACGGCCACCCAAGGACCCUCCCCCUGCAGCCCCUGCCCCAGCUUCUUCGGGCUCCGCGUCUGGCCAGCCGUUACGCGAGCUGCGUGUGAACAAGGCCGAGGAGCAGGGCUCCAGCAGCAGUCCUGGAGAUAAGCAGGAGAAAGGCCAUGACAGGGAGGGGGGGUGGGAAUGCAAGGAGAGCCGGCCCCCACGUGAACGUGACUCUCAAGGCUACUACCGCAGCAACGGCCCCAGAGGCACUGGGGGCCUCAAAUUUCGGGACCAGAGGCGCCCGCCUCCAGCCCGACGCAGCUCCCCACAGGGAGGCUACAGGCACACUGGCAAAGAGCAGAAUAUCCCACCAGUAUCGCCAAAGUAAAAACUUGAUAUGAAUAGAAAAAAGAUGUAUGAAUAUAUACAUGGAUAUAUAUAAUUAUAUAAAAAUGAAUAACAUAAAAGCAACAACAUUAUGGUAGCCACCUUCCCCCCUGGAUCUUGUCCAAAGAAAAGCUUUUAAAAUGACAAUAAGACCGGGACAUCCAGGACUAAUGGGCAGAAUGACACCUGAAGAACUUUGAUGAAUGAUUUUGAAAAGGAAUCCAAAACUUGUUUUGGCCUCCAGCGUUAUGCUUAAAAGAGUUUUAAGUGCGAUUUAUCUGGAGGACAUCUCAUUUAUGCUCUGCUAGGGGGAGGUGGGACGACGGGCCACGUAACCGCCCUCUACCUUUGUUUGAUUUUUAACGAAUAGAUGUCUGCAAGAACAAUAUGCACUAAGAAGAAAAGAACAUGCAUAUAUGUCAUGUACAUAUACAAAGAUAUCACUAACACGCAAUGAGACAUCAGUUUUUUUUUUUGUUUUUUUUUGUGUGCUUAGUUUUGCAAGUAUGACUGAAAGGUUGACUGAUGUCUAUGUAUGCAUUGAUUGUUACGCAAAAUGAUUGAAGUGCUACAGUGUGCUGUUGCACUGAUAUAAUGAAAUGGAUGAUUUUUUUUUUUUGUUUCUUUGUUUUUACAUCAGAGAUUCAGAAUCAUUGUCCUGAAACUGGACAGUGUGGUCUUCUAAUGUAUAUUAAUGAAAUAUGUUCUAUGGUGGUAUUUUGAUCCUGGUUCCUAAUUGACUUAAAUCGUAUCAGUCGGAUAUCAGAAGCUGUCGAUGUAAGUCGCAGUCAGAUGUGUGGUUUUGUUUGAAGCCGAAGUCCACUUUGGGGGGGGGCUCACUGGCCUGUUAGCCACGGUGAACCUGCUAGCCUGGUCCAAAGUUUUUCAUGUUAAGUUUUAAUCUCUAUCUGAACCGUUUCUGGAUGGAUUCAGAACACUGUCAUGUUGAUAAUCAGUCAGGUUCUCUGUUUACAUGUUUUGUUUGGGUAGUAGGUUGAUGUUUUCCAAGAAAAAGAAUAGGUUAAUGGUGAGAUUUGACUGUUCAGUGCACCUGAUGGUUUUAGGUGAGGUUUGGCUUUUCUACAUCAUCACAGGAUAUCCAGGUUAAGCUUAUAUCUGUGAAUUGUUCUUAACAGUGGCAUAGUGUCAAAAAUAGACUAAAGAGUGCUGUUAGCUAAGGAUGAUAGCUACAUAAUAUUUGGCAGCCAAGUCGUGGGUAUAAAUGAAAUUGGAACAUUUUCACGUGCUAUGUGCCAGCUGCCUAUGAUCAUAGUGUGCUAGGAUAAAGUUUUGAUUUUUAUUGACCAGGUCUGCUAAAUAAUGUAGUCGGGGGGGGGGUGAACUUUUUGGCCCAGUGAAACUGGAUUUUUGAAGAAGCUGUAGAGGUGUAGUUGCCUAUGCUAUAUUGUAAUAACCCUUCACUAGAAAUGUGUGUGGGAGAAUGUAAUUGUUCUAGUACAGAAUUUACAGAGGGAGGCUUUUGACAGCAGGUAUCCACCAGACUGUUUUGUGCUAUUUAGGGUGAGUUUGCUGUUUUGUUUUUUUUUUCUUGUUUUUUUUUUUUCUUUUCUCUCCUUUUUUUAAUUUUUGAAAAAAAAACAAAAAAACAGGUUGACUUAGAAUUUGAAGUUUGACUCACUGUAUGUAUUGCUUUUUAAAAAUGUAUUUAUUUUAAUUCUGAUGCACAACGCUUUUCUCCCAAUCUUGGUAGGCUGGUUUCCCCAAAGUUGUGUGAAAUCGCAUUGGCAAAAUAAAAUCACGCAUAUGACAUUUAUAUACUGUUCAGGAUGUCAGCUGAGCGAAAAAUACUUGAUGCAUUGACUUUGGGUUUAGUAAUGCAGUAAAAAGAGUAACCAAUCACUGGGGCUGUUGUUUCUUUUUCAUUAAUGAGUAUGAGCAGCUAGUGGUUUAGUAUAAUUAAAAUAAAUGCACUAACUUGUUUUUAAAAGAAUCUUACUCAUGAGUAAUGUGAAAUCAUUUUAGAAGCAUAUGGUUGAUGUUGACAGGCUUGAAAAUACCCACAGGAAUAUGCCCCUCCCCCUUCCAUAUGUUUUUUUUGUUUUGUUUUUUUUCUGUUAAUUUGGGUUGGGGUGGCAAAAAGGAAAUAUAGUAAUGGAUCAACCAAGUGUUUGAGACACAAUCCUAGAACUGUAUGAAAUGUCACCAAAAAUAAAUUAUUUUGAUUUGGC